AAUGAUUUCACACCAAGAAGGGGAACAAGUUGUCUCACAGCAGCAGCAAAUCAUUGAUGACAAUAAUGUGGAGAAUGUUUCAUCAUCGGAUCAAGCUAAUAAUGAAACCAAUAUUAUUGUUGUUCAUCCAACAAAUUUAAAUCAAGAUUAUUAUCGGAAUGAAGAAACAUUCAAGCAAGCUAUGAAUAAUUUUGUAGAUUUAGCAUCAAAACAAGAAGAAUCAAUAGAUAAAUCCUUUAAAAGAAAUAUAAUAAUAUUCCCAGAAAUGAUUGGAGCAUGGUUAAUUUGUCUAAAUGAACAACCCUUCACUUUUUGGAUUCCUUCACAAUUAUUAGCAAUAAUAUUUAUUGCAUUUUCAAAUAUUAUUCAAUUUAUAAGAUACUUUAUUAAUGAAUGUUGGAUUUACUUUUCAGAAAUUAAAAGAUUGACUAAUUUAUUAAGUUUUGUAGCAUGGGAGGGAAUAAUUUAUAGAAGUAUUUUCAAGAUGAAAUCACAAUUAAUGUUUGAUGUUUAUUUGAGUACAUUUUCAGAGAUUGCCAUUAAUAGGAAUGCCUAUGUCAUUGCAGGUUCAAUUUAUUUACCAAAAAUUGAAUAUACUCACAAGUUCAAGAGAUUGACCAAUGAUGGAUUUUACAAUCAAUCAAUUGUUUUUGAUCCAAGAGGAAAUAUUUGUCAUAUUAGUGUCAAGGCAUUCCCAUCAGAAGAUGAACAUUACAUUCUCACAAAGCAAAAAGAUAGAAUUUUCAAAUCGAAUGAUUUCACCUUUGAGAUUGAAGAUUUUGGAAGAGUUAUUCUCUUGAUUGGAUAUGAUUCAUGGUAUCCAAAUUGUUAUCCAACAGCCAUUUCUAAAGAAAAGGAUAUGCCAAAACUUGUCAUUGUUCCAUUUCUUUCUUCACCAGCAAAUUCUUGGAAAGAAUGUUGGCAAGGUUUUCAAGACAAUGGACCUCUUCCACAAGAUUUUGAUGAAUUUAACUUGGCAAAUUCAACAAGUUUGAGUGAUUUAUGGAAAGGUGAUGGUGCAGGUUUGAGAAUUUUCAAACAAAAUAAGACCACCUCAAAUCAAUUAUCAACCACAAAUAAUAUUAACACCUCAUCAUACUUUAUUUGUUGUCAAAUGACUGGAAAAAUUUGGAGUUUAUCAGCUAAUGGUGAAUCAUUUAUUAGAAACUCUGAGAAAGUACUAUUAGAAACUAACCUCAAUGGAUUUAAUAUUUCAAUAAAAUAAUAAUAAUUAAU